UGUUUUAAUUUUGUGAGUAUAUUUUAAAUAAAAAAUAAUUUGUUACAUAGGUUCUAAAGAACAGGAGUGUAUUUCUAGCACAUCAAGUGAUCUUGACGAUAAUCUAAUGGAAACCAGUGAAACAUCAGAUGAUGGUGACCAGUUUAUUGAUGAAGACAUUUUUAAAACAGAAGAUACUGAAACGCAAUUAUUGCCUUGUUCAAGUACCGAAUUAGGAAAUUGGGCAAUCCGACAUAAUAUUACACAUGCAGCUCUAAAAGAUCUCCUACAAAUAAUCAAGAGACAGUAUGAUUCUAGUUUAUUUAUCGAUGCUAGAACAUUAUUAAAAACGCCAAAAAAUACGAAAAAAAGUUGUAAAGUUAUACAGGGUGGAGAAUAUUGGCAUCAAGGUCUUGACGUUUGUCUAACGAACACUUUUAAAAACUUGUCAAAAGACAUGUUAAUACAGCUCAAUGUAAAUAUAGAUGGGUUGCCAAUAUAUAAAAGUUCCAAACGUCAGUUUUGGCCAAUUUUAUGUAGCAUAUAUGAAAUGCCUGAUAUACAACCUAUGAUUGUUGGCAUUUUCCAUGGAAAUAACAAGCCUCUAGAUAUAAAUGAAUUUUUGGAGCCUUUUGUUGAGGAUGUUAAGCGGCUGCAAUCAAAUGGACUCUGUGUUAAUGGGCAUAUGAUUCACAUAAAAAUUAGAUGCUUUAUCUGCGAUUCACCUGCACGGGCAUUUAUUAAAGGUGUAGUCAAUUUCAAUGGGAUUAAUGGAUGCCUUAAAUGCACUACUGAAGGCGAAUAUUCUUAUCUUUCUCGAACUGUUGUAUUUCCUGAUAUAAAAUGUCCUCUUAGAACUGAUGCAAAAUUCAGAAGUAAACAUUAUGGUAAGCACCAUAAAGGGCAAGAGUCACCAAUUUUGAAAAUUUCCGAAGUUGACAUGGUGCAGGAUUUUAUAGUAGCAGAUGAACUACAUCUUUUAGAGCUAGGUGUGAUGAAGCGUUGUCUAACAGGAUGGAAAGAUGGUUCUAUGGGUUUCUCAAGUAAGCUAUGUGCUCGUGAUAUUGAGAGGAUCUCCAAACAUUUAAUAUCUGUGAAACUUCCAUCUGAAAUUCAUCGUUCCACAAGAGGAUUAGAUUGCCUGGCAUACUGGAAAGGAGUAGAAUGGCGCAAUUUUCUUAAUUAUAUUGGAAUUGUUAUUUUAAAAGAUGUGUUGAACACUGACGUUUAUAAACAUUUUUUACUUCUUUUUGUUGCUGUUAGAAUAUGUUCUUCUGACAUGUAUGCUGAAAAUCGUUCGGUUGCCCAAUUAAUGUUUGAAAAAUAUAUAGAUGAUUUUAAGAUUAUUUAUGGCGUACAAUUUAUUACAAGCAACAUUCAUAACUUAGAACAUGUGGUUGAUGAUGUUAAUAGAUUUGGACAACUUUUUACAAUAUCUACGUACCCAUUUGAGAAUACAUUAUUUCAACUAAAAAAAUUAUUGCGCCAAGGAAAUAACAGUUUGCAGCAAAUUGUUAAUAGAAUUGGCGAAAGAAAUUUAAUAUUGAGCAAUGAUACAAAAAAGACAAGUUUACAGCCAGAAAUUAAGAAAAGGGGGAAUGUUAUCAAGUGCUACAUUUAUUCUCAUAAUUUUUGUUUAAGUAAUGUUUUCAAAAAUUCAUGGUUUUUAACAAAUGACAAUGACAUUGUUCAAAUGAAUUCUGCAUCAGAAAAAGGUGGUAAAAUAUUCAUACAUGGAAAAUCUGUUAAGAAAAAAGAAGAUUUCUUUAGUUAUCCCAUUCGAUCAUCAAAUUUACACAUAUAUAUUUGCAACAUUACAAAUUUAAAUAAUAUGAAACUUUAUUUGCUAGAGAAUGUUGUUUGUAAAAUGGUUGUUAUAAAAUACAAUGAAAGUAAAAUUGUUUUUAUUCCUCUUCUACACACUAUUAAAAAUAAACAAAACUUGAAUGUAAAUUAA